AUGUCUGCGGGUCAGAUCUCUAUUUCUUCUACCCGUGAAGGGCAUAGCAGCGAAGAUUAUACGAUCGGCAUCAUAUGCGCCCUACCAAUAGAUUUGGCAGCGGUUCUGGGAGUGUUGGAUGAAGAGCACCCUCGUCCCCCACAAAACCCAAGAGACAGCAACUUGUACUAUCUCGGUCAGAUUGGAGAUCACAACAUUGUGAUCACCUGUUUGCCAGCCGGGAGAAUUGGCCUGAUCAGCUUCGCCUGCAUACAGAAAGGACUUAUGGCCGGCAUAGGCGGCGGUGUGCCAAGUGAGCAACACGAUAUUCGACUCGGGGACAUCGUUGUAAGCCAAUCGACUGGACAAUAUGGGGGCGUUGUUCAAUAUGACUUUGGAAAGAGUCAUCCUGGAGGGGUCUUCGAGCGCACCGGAUCUCUGUGCCCACCUCCGGAUGUUCUUCUCGCUGCCCUGAAUGGAGUCAAAGUCUCUCAACUGACUAACAGAGUUAGCAUAGCUGCUCACCUCUCGUCUCUAGGUGGACCAAGCUGUUGUAAUUGUGGCACAGAAAACAGAAUACGACGUGAACCAAGAUCUGAUAGACUUCUUCCUGUGGUUCAUUAUGGCACAAUUGCUUCUGGUGAUCGGGUCAUGAAAGACGCGAUCGAAAGAGACAAGAUAAGUCAGAGCUCAGGUGGUAUUCUUUGCUUCGAGAUGGAAGCCGCCGCUCUGAUGAAACCUUCGAUGCCUUGUCAUUCGCAGGAUCUAAGACGACUCCGACCCACACAGAACGAUGGCUGGCAAAAGUAUGCUGCAGCCACAGCUGCAGCAUACGCCAAUGAACUGCUCAAUCACCUUCCUCCUGCGCAAACCGGCUCUGACACAUGCUACCCCACGAGACGCAGAUAA